AUUUUUAGGUGCUUUAUAUUUAAAGUAAUGCAUAUCUGUGUGUGUGACACUGUCAACAACAACAAAAGUAUGAAAAUCUGAAGUCGAAAAUAUCCAUAUCAUCAAAAUCCUUUCAACAUAAGCUAGAGAUUUCAUAUCUGGAUCCAUUUUAAUGUGUCGUUAAUGCAUCUUCACAAAAGGCCAGCCUUUUAUUGAAGCAAAACAAAUUUUGAAUUAAGGGAUUUCGUCACUGCAUGCAGCACUCACAAAUAUACUUUCCAUUGCAUCAUCUACGUAGCUGUGUGGACUGGAUUGGUGAUAGAAGGGAGGAUAGGUCAGUUCAUUAUAGAUGGAUUGAAACAUGCAUAGGUCGAUGGAUCAAUAUAGAUCCUCAGUUAUUCUGUCAACCAGUCAGAAAUGGAAAAAUAUUUUUGUUACAGGAUGCAGUAAAACAUACUGCUCUUCCAUUCGCCAGAAUUUUAUAAACAUGCAAAUCUCUGUCAAUACAUUUUCAUAUUACAUCACACCAUAGGCAUACAUAAGAUUCUGCAGUCAGCGAUUUUGCAACGAUCACAUCACAGAGUUCUGCUUCAUAAGAAAGCUGAUAGAAUUUAACAAAGGUAGGACAAAACCCUUGGUGACCCUCCAAACUGAUCUAAACUCCUUCAUAAGCGCAUAGGAUGCAGGAGACCAUACUGCUGUUCGGUUUUUCAGGGCUCUUCCUGGGCCACCAUGCCUUACCUCCUACCGAAUCCUACUACUACGAGGACCAGAAGCUGAACUGGACCGAUGCUCAGCAACACUGCAGGGACCUGAAGGGGGACCUUGCCACCGUAGACAACGUAGUGGACCUCCAGCACCUGCAAGAGUUCAGAACUGGCUUUAAUUACGACGACGACUUCAUGUGGAUCGGACUUUAUGAUGACCGCACCCGUUGGAAGUGGUCCCUCGGAGACCAGGACUACAAAGUUGGCCAAAACUAUGGAACGUGGAGUGGUAGUGACCCAGACUUCUGGGACAACAAAGAGAAUUGUACAGGCCUCUCCUCUACAGGAAUCUGGUUCGAUGUGUCAUGCUACAGUCUUUAUGGUGCAGUUUGCUUUGAUGAUGAAGAGUCCAACUACACCGUGGUCCAAAACCCAAUGACUUGGUACGAGGCGUUGCAAUACUGCCGGUCUCACUACACUGACCUGGCCAUUGUGCCCAACGCGGCUGAGAGUGGAAAAAUAUUGGCACUUAAUCAAUCAGAUGCUUGGAUUGGUCUCCACAGAUAUCCUUGGUCCCUCUGGUCUGACGGAAGUAGUGCCACUUUCUUGAAUUGGGAACCAGGUGAACCAAACAACCAUGGAGGCCCCGUUGCUCCACGUUGUGUCAAAAUGUCUGUCACCUCAGGGCAUUUUUUUGAUGAGGAAUGUGGCCUUUUGUACAACUUUGCCUGCCAGGGAAAUCUGAAGCAACGGUCAACCUUCAAGAUAAAGAUCAGCUCUGAAGCAGACAUGACGGAUCCUGAGGUGGGACGCCAGAUUUUGGAACAGCUCCAUGCCAAACUGGCCGAGGUGGGUGUGACUGGUACAAAUAUCAGCUGGGUUCUCAAGGACGGACAGGUGUUUCACAAGGACCAGCCCACCAAGACAUGAGAGGAGGUCAUCGCUGUGUUCUGCUCUUUGUAUAUUGAAAUAUACCUUUAGUCAUCUAGCAACAGGGCUCCAAAGAGAUCCACCUUUAGGCUGAGAACAUUUAGAGAAUGAAAUGCUCUCAUUAGUCACAUGCUAGAAUUUUGCAGCAGUUAUUAUUAUUAGUAGUAGUAGCAGUAGUAGUAGUAGUGGUAGUAUUAUUGGUAGUAUUAGUAGUAUGGGCAGUAGUGUAGUGGUACCAGUACCACCAUCCCCAUGGGGAUUAAUUAAAGUAAAAACAAUGCAAAAAAUAUUUAUAUCUGAUAGAUCAUAUGAAUCGUUUAUUGCUAAUAUAAGUGGUAUCCCCAAAUUUAAUUUAAUGAUAUUUCAUUGAUUCUACUUUACUCUCUUAUCAGCGGAGUGUCUUGUUGACAAAGAAUGUUUGUGGCCGGUCCUUAUUUCAGUACGUUGUUCGAGACCAACAUGGAAAGAAAACUGUCAUCUUGGCCAUUAUGUCCUUUUGUGUUUAUUAAAAUAGAGAGUUGUUUUUCCCAAGCGCAUAAGGAGACACCAGCAACAAGGCGUUACUCGUCCAAAGGGUCCUGUGUGUAAUGUACUGAAUCAUUUAUGUGCUUUUACAUUAGAAAUGACUGACACUAAUUACCCAAUAUCGAUCUCCGAUGCAAUGUAUUUAUAUCUGAUAAUUAAAAUAAAUAAACAAUAUAUAUUUC